AUGAGUAUGUAUGUUUUUUUAUUAUUCGAAAGUGUAGUACUGCUGAUUAAUAGUGUUUUAAUUAUAAACGAAAAGAAAUUAAAAAAAUAUAAAAAGGUAGAUAUCAGUUUGAAUAGUAAUGAUAUUUUUGAUAACAUUAAAUUGCUGUUCUACACAAUAAGAAUAUACUUUAAAAUCCCAUUGAUUUUUCUCAAUCUUUUAUGUAUUAUUAUUGAAAUUUUAUUUGGAUAA